AUGAUUCUGUCGAGAACUGCUCGAAGCUCUUUCGGGCGACCGACAGGUCUCCUAUCGAAUCUCUCGAGGCAAACGCAGCGCUACACUUGGAAGAGCCCUCGUUCGACACCCAGUUUCUCUUUGGUGCCGUCAGGAAAGAGGUGGACGUCUACUGAAGCUGGCGAUAACGAAUCAGGCCACAUUCUGACCCAGAAAAAUGAAGGCAUCUUGUUCUUCGACAAUGUCUUUCCUUUAAAGCUCCAGUGGCUCAACCGAGUCCCCUACCUAAACCCUGACAAGUUCCUGGCAACAUCCCUCAGCAAGGUGAAUCAACCCAACCUUGCUCUGGCUGACCCCUCCAGUAUCAUCAAGCGAGCCCUGCCUGAAAACCUGCCCCUCCAUGUCGAAACCGUCCUUCCGAGGCUGCGAGAAGGUGGAGCUUUUGUCAAAUUUUCUCAUGACGAAGGAAUAACUGCCACAGAGCUGGAAAGCACGCUGAAACAAUACCUGGAGGAAAAGCCCAUUACACCAUGGUUCAAUCCUUUUCGAAGAGUUCGCGCCUUCUUGGUGCAAGGAAAGCCGUGGAUUGAAGAUCUAUAUCGCGUGCCCACUUCCAGGAUCAAGGUCGAAUUCCUGCCCACCGCUCCUGAGAAUUCGGCGGCAGAAUUGACCCAAGAGACGCUUUAUUCGUUGUUCCGCCGGUAUGGAAAGCUCACAGAGAUCAUACCGCAACCAUCUGACUCAAAAGCCGUGCCUAAAUUUGCCUAUGUCGACUACGCACGGGUGAGAUUCGCAACCAUGGCCAAGAAUUGCAUGCAUGGAUACGUCGUCCCCGCUGAAGACGGCGGAGGAAAGACGGGAACGCUCCUCAAACUGAGUUACGAGUCCAAACGCAAGACCCAUUGGAUAUGGGACUGGAUGACGAACCACCCCAGGAUCGUUAUUCCUUUGUUGGUCGCUCUACUGACCGCAGCCUCCGUCGCCGUGUUCGACCCCAUCAGAACCUUCUUCAUCAGGAUGCACAUCACCCACGGCCUUCACCUGGAAGAUCAACGCAUCUUCAAGUGGGUUAGAAGCUGGCUUCUCCGAGGCUACGACAUCAUCAGGUUCCGAAAAUCGAAUCGUGACGACGAAAACCUGAGGAUUGUCUGGGAGGAUCGCCAAGGUGCCAUCAACCAGCUGAAAACGUGGUUGAUUGAGACUGCAGAUACGUUUAUCGUUGUGCAAGGACCCCGCGGCGCUGGCAAGAAGGAAUUGGUUGUCGACCAAGUCCUGAAAGAUCGACCACACAAACUAGUGAUUGAUUGCAAGAAGAUUCAGGAAGCCCGCGGAGACAGCAACACAAUUGCUGCUGCGGCAGCCGAAGUAGGCUAUCGACCGGUAUUUUCUUGGAUGAACAGCAUCAGUAGCAUGGUCGAUCUCGCGGCAACAGCCACUAUUGGCACAAAGGCCGGAUUUUCCGAAACGUUAGACAACCAACUAGCCAAGAUUUGGGGCAACACGACGACUGCGUUAAAGCAGAUUGCAUUGGAACCGCGCAAAAAGGAUGACAAAGACGCGCAAUUGGCGGACGACGAAUGGUUGGAAGCUCAUCCGGAGUAUCGACCAGUGGUGGUGAUUGACAAUUUCUUGCACAAAAACAACGAGGGUACCAAUAGUAUGGUCUAUGAUAAACUGGGAGAAUGGGCUGCUAUUUUGACGACGCAGAAUAUUGCCCAUGUGAUUUUCCUGACCACGGAUGUGUCCUUCUCCAAGUCACUGAGUAAGGCACUGCCUGACAGGGUGUUCCGGCAAAUCACGCUGAGUGACUGCACUCCUGAAGUGGCAAAGAAGCUGGUCAUCAAGCACCUGGACGCUGACAUCGCAGAAGACGGUGCUUCGGGUGAGGGGAAGAUUAGUCCGACACAGAUGAGAAGUGAUCUUGAUGAGCUGGAUGGAGUGAUCCAAGUGCUCGGAGGUCGCUUGACUGACCUCGAAUUCCUUGCGCGAAGGAUCAAGACAGGCGAAUCACCCGGAAAAGCGGUACGCCAGAUCAUUGAGCAAUCCGCCUCGGAGAUCCUGAAAAUGUAUCUUCUGGACGUCGACAUUUCAAGCCGCAAAUGGACGCCUCAGCAAGCAUGGUUAAUCAUCAAAGAGCUUGCUGCAAACGAGACACUUAGAUACAAUGAGUUGCUUCUGAACGAUCUCUUCAAAGACGGCGAAACCGUGCUGCAAGGACUCGAGCAGGCCGAACUGAUCACAAUCACGUCCAAGAACGGACGGCCGUACAGCAUCAAGCCAGGGAAACCGGUGUACCAAUCCGCGUUCGAGUAUCUGACCGAGGACGACGUGCUCCGAGCGAGACUGGAUUUGGCGAUUCUGUCGCAAUUGAUCGGCAUGGAGAACAAGAACGUGGAGAAAUUCGAGGCGGAGCUGAAGACGCUGGCAGAGAUGCCUGGAACGCCCAGCGAGCUAAAGCCCCGGAUCAAAUGGUGUCUGGGCAAAGCGAUGGCGAGCCAGGAGAAGAUCAUGAAGUACGAGGCACAGAGCGGGAAGUUGAAGAAGGUGCUUGCCGAGCAGUUUUGA